AUGUCAAGCACAAUCGAAAAAAUAAACCCAAAUCUUCCGAUCCAUCUCGAAAAAUGUCAGGAACUGGAUAAUGAACACCCAAUUAAUGUGGUGAUAAUGUUUGGAUGGACGAAUAGUAAUGUUAGAAAUGUUUCAAAAAUCGCGUCUUACUGGCGAAAGAAAGGAAACUUUCAUAUUUUGGAUUGGACUGCUUCGGAUUUUCCUUACAUUUAUUUCACUAAGAAGGCUACGCAAGCUUGUGCUGCAUUUAUUCCGUAUCUUCAAGAAUUUGGAGUCUUGCCGACUACAAAUGAAGACGAUGACUCGAAGCAUAGUCCAACAAAACCAAAAUUGAUUGCGCAUGCAUUCUCAAACGGCGGAACAACAGGUCUCGCUGGUCUUGCCGAAGCAUGCAAAUUACAAAACCUUCCAUUGCAUUAUUCUGCUUUAAUCAUCGAUUCCGCUCCCGGAACCACAAGCAUUUUCACUUUUUAUAAAAUAUUUACAGUCGCACAAAAAAAUCCCAUCAAAAAAGCAUUUCUAGCAAUUGUUAUUGAAUUCCUCUUUUUACUCGUUGGACUCCCAUCAAUGGUACUUUAUUCUUCCUGUACGGGCCAAAAGACUAUUAUAGAGUUCUUUACAAAUGUUUUGUUUGAGCACAAUGCCGCAAAAUAUUCGCCUAGGUUAUUUAUCUAUUCGAAAACUGACAAGUUGGUUCCUUCAUCAUCGGUAGAAAAGGUAAUAGCGAAAAGCGUAAAAUUGUGUGGUGAUAAAACGAGAAAAUGGUGUCUUGAGGAAAGUGAUCAUGUGACGCAUUGGAUGAAGCAUACAGAGAUUUAUGAGAAAACAGUAGAUAAUUUUAUAGAUGAAUUUCAUAAGAUUAUAAUAAACACAAAAUAUCAAACUAAAAAAAUGUACCAAGAACAACCCAGAGGCUCUCGGUCGCACGAUCCAUACAUAGGCACCACUUUUCAACGUGCUUUAUAUUUCGUUCUAACAGCUAUUUUGGGAUAUUUCUUGUUGGCGUUGCUAGCCGUGGUUGUUCUGGAAUCUCUGGAUCUCUAUCGAGAAGUUGGGAAGGCGAUACGUCACUGGUUUGCAAAUUAG